CUCUUCCAGGUCCUGCUGUGAAAGUAUUCACUGUGAGUUCAGUGCUGAGAACCCUCAGCUGACUACCCCUCUGGAGUCUGUGACUUCUUUCUGUGUGCUGCAAAGGAUCUUUGGAAACCCUCAAGCCACAGGAUGGAGACGCUGACGUUUGAGGAUGUAGCUGUGAACUUCACCAUAGCAGAGUGGGAUUUGCUGACUCCAUCCCAAAAGAAGCUCUACAGAGAUGUGAUGUGGGAGACAUCUAUGAAUAUUAAUGCUAUAGGAGCAUGGCAUAGCAAGCAGAAUAAAGAAGAGGACAAAAAUUGCACAAGAAAUCUAAGAUAUGAUGAAGACAAUUAUUCAAAAAUUAAAAAGCAGCAUUACAAAUCUGAUGAAGAUGUAAUGACCUGCAGUGAUUUCCAGUCCUUUCAGAAGCAUGACAUUAGGAAGACUGGAGAGAAAGCCUAUCUAUAUGGGCAAUGUGAGGAGGACAGCUCUGAUCUUAGUGAACAAACUCACCCUGGGCAGAAAACCUUUGUACAUAAGAAAAAUGUGAAAGCCUGCACAACAUCUAAUGGUGUUCAAAUCCGUAAGAGUUAUCACAGUUUGGUGAGCUUAUAUGUACACAAACACUAUGAGAAUAGUUCUAUUUCUUCAUACCAUAUUGAAAAAGAUGUUAGAAAGUAUGCUGGAGAGAAAUACCAUGUGAGUGACAAAUGUGUAAAAGCAUUAGCCCUUAGUAAUUCAUUUAAAGAACAUAAAACAAUUCGUACUGGAAAACAACCAUAUGUACAUAAGCCAUGUGAGAAAGUAUUCAGUACACGUAGCUGUCAAAGACAUAAAAGAACAAACACUGGGGAGAAACCCUAUGUAUGCAACAGAUGUGGGAAAUCAUUUGCUACAGCCUCAUAUUGUAAAGUGCAUGAAAGAAUUCACACUGGGGAAAAACCAUAUGCAUGUAAGCAAUGUGGGAAAGCAUUCAGCAGACAAGAUCAUUGUCAAAAUCAUGAAAAAGCUCACACUGGGGAGAAACCCUAUAUGUGUAACAAAUGUAAGAAAUCAUUCACUACAGCUGAAUAUUGUAAAAUACAUGAAAGACUUCACACUGGGGUGAAAACCUAUGUAUGUGAGCAAUGUGGGAAAGCAUUCGGUACCAGCAGUAAAUAUCAAAGACAUAAAAGAACUCACACUGGGGAAAAACCCUAUACAUGUAACAAAUGUGAGAAAUCAUUCACUACAGCCGAAUAUUGUAAAAUACAUGAAAGACUUCACACUGGGGUGAAAACCUAUGUAUGUGAGCAAUGUGAGAAAGCAUUCGGUACCAGCAGUAAAUAUCAAAGACAUAAAAGAACUCACACUGGGGAAAAACCCUAUACAUGUAACAAAUGUGAGAAAUCAUUCACUACAGCUGAAUAUUGUAAAAUACACGAAAGACUUCACACUGGGGUGAAAACCUAUGUAUGUAAGCAAUGUGGAAAAGCAUUCAGAUACAUUGGUGGCUUCAAUAGACAUCAAAGAAUUCACACUGAGUCAUGAAAGAACUCUCCCUGGGCAGAAACAUGGAUAUAAACAGUGUGGCAAAGCAUUCAGUAUGCGUAAGUGUUGAAAAUGUCUAAGCAAUGUGAGAUGUCUUUCAGCUAUAAUGGUAGCUUUUGUGUAUAUAAAAAGUUACUGCAGAGAGAAACUGCGAAAUGUAUAAAUGGAUUUGUUUAUAAAUUCUCAUUUUAUAGAAGAUCCCACAUUGGGGAGAAACCUUAUGAGCGUAAGCAAUGUAGGAAAAUUUUCCACCACUAGAGAUGGUCACAACAUGAAAGAACUCAUUCUAGUAAUUCUGUGCAUUUGAACAAUGGUGAGUAGCAUUUGGUGCACAAAAAAAUGCCAUGAAACAGGAAUUAAUGCACACAAGGGAGAAAUUCUAUGUAUAUAGGCAGUCUGGAAAGAAUUUUCUGUAAUGCUUUCAUUUUGCAAACAAAAUUCCCCUCUGGGGGGUAAUUACAUAUAAAAAAUAUUGGGUAAAAAUUCAGCUGUGACAGAGAUGCUAACCUGAGUGAUGUCAUAUUGUGGCCUAUACCUCUGUAUGCAAUGUGAGAAAGCACUCAGAAUUCAUGGUUGUCAAACGUGAAAGCAAUCACAAUGAAGUCAAAUUAUAUGUAAGUGACUUUUAAAAAUACUUCAGAAAUUACUCAUGAAGAGAUCUUUUAAAAUAAAGUUAUUAAUGUCAA